AUGAAGACGCACACAAUUGCUACCGCAGUGGCCCUUGGUGCUGGCUCUGCGCCAGCAUUGGGACAGUCGCUCACCGUCGACCAGAUCGACGGCAUGGCCAACAAUACUCUCUUCACACGAUGGAGGCCAACUUCUCACUUUCUCGCUCCUGCGGGAUGGAUGAACGACCCUUGUGGACCCAUGUACGACCCCAUCAACAAAAUUUACCACCUGCAUUAUCAAUUCCACCCUAAUCAUGUCAACUGGGGCAACAUCUCCUGGGGACAUGCUACCUCGGAUGACCUCAUCACCUGGAAAGAUGUGGAUAGUAACCCACAAGACGGAACUGCCGCUUGGAAGGACCAGCAAGCUCAAUCACUUGGCACUACCAAUCUGACAAGCGACCACCACACUCCGGCUCUGUACAAUCACCUCGGAAUUUUCUCCGGAACCGCCCAGCCUGUCAACCUGACCGGUGGAUCGGACGGCACUUUGCUGGCAUUCUACACAUCCGUUUCUGAACUCCCCACCUCGUGGACCAAGCCUUACCUCAAGGGCACCGAGAGUCAAAGCCUGGCCUACUCUACGGACGGCGGAGUGACUUGGCAGGAGUAUGAGAACAACCCUGUCAUGUCCGACCCUCCCGAGGGUUGGAAUGUCACCGGCUGGCGGGACCCCUUCUACCAUGCUUGGCCCGAGAUGGACGCUUUCUUGAACGUGUCCGAGCCGUACUACUAUGCUGUUCUCGGCUCUGGUAUCAAGGAGGUUGGCCCUCGAAUGCCUCUCUAUAAGGCACCUGCGUCAGACCUGACCAACUGGACCUUCAUGGGCUCUCUGUUUGAGCCCAAGAUGAACAGCUCUCUGGGUGCUCUGCCAGAGACUGGCUCUUACGGAUUCAACUUUGAAGUCUCCAACUUCUUCUCCAUUGGGGAUCGCUACUUCGUCACCAUGGGUGCCGAGGGCGGCGAUACCGACUUCCACACUCGCCGUUGGUCCCUCUGGAACGAGGGAACCCUGUCUGUCCGGGCUAACGGCAGCGUUGAAUUCACCCCAGUGGCCGGUGGUGCCGGAGACUGGGGAUUGCUGUACGCUAUGACUACCUUCGACGACACCAAGAACAACCGUCGCAUUCAGUGGGGUUGGUGUCCCGAGGACAUGAACAACUUUGCUAUCACUCAGCAAGGCUACCAGGGCUCGUUCGCUCUUCCCCGUGAGAUCUUCAUCAAGGAUACCCACAACGUGAUCCACGACAUGUCCAACAGCUCCGUGCCCGGAAACUCCCGCUACUUCGCUCAGCCCAACGGGACCUGGACUGCCAGCACUCUGGGCACCAAGCCCGCGUCCGACGUCGUGCAGGGUCUCCAGCGCGGCGCCAAACAUCACAAGUUCCCUUGUCACGAUCACAAGUGCGAUACCGAGAAGAUCAAGCUCCCCACCAACAUGUCCAAGUCAUACCAAAUCAAUGUGGAGAUCAAGAGCACCACCGGCAUCGCCGGUCUCACCAUUGCUGCAUCCCCCAACCGCGAGGAGUAUACCAACAUCUUCUACAACCCUUCCAAUUACAGCAUCGCCGUGGACCGUAGCCACUCCAGCCAGAUCAACAUGUUCUCCAACGACACCCACCAGGGCUACUUCAAGCCAUACACCGUCCGCGACCGCGAAUAUGGCAAGAACACCACCGAGUCCAUUCAGAUGAGCAUCUUCGUCGAUGGAUCUCUCGUCGAAGUCUACGUCAACGAGCGUUUCGCUCUGACCACCCGCAUCUACCCCAGUCGGGAAGACAGUACCGGUCUUGCAUUCUACUCUGCCCCUUGCGCCCAAGUCGAGUACUCGAACAUUGAGAUUUGGGACGGUCUGUUGAAUGUCUGGCCCGAGCGUCCUCAGAACAGCAGCUCCCUGCUCGUGUUUGAUACUGCUGCGGAGACGAAUAACUACACCUGGUGGGAUGGUAAUUAG